GCGGGCCCUGGCCUUUUCCCGGACCUCCAAGGUUCUCGGGCGCGCACCUAGUCGGGUCUCCGGUCUGAUCCGGCCUGUUCAGCCCGGUCCGGCCCGGCCGCCCCGCCCGCCCCGCGCGCAGCUCGCCGCCUCCCGCAAACUCCAGGUUCGGAGACUCGGUUCCCGGGGUCGGCCGCAGAGUUCUCGCCGGCUGCCUGCGGAGAUGCCUGGGAAGAAGGCGCGUAAGAACGCGCAGCCUAGCCCUGCGCGGGCCCCGGCAGAGGCUGAAAUUGAGUGUGCCCUUCAAUUAAGGAGAAUUGGAGACAAACUGAAUUUCCAGCAGAAACUUAUGAAUCUAAUGUACAAACUCUUCGGCUCAGGAACCUGACUGCUUCAGAAGCCUUCUAAUGAGGCGACUCCUUUAAAGCUGGAUUUACCAUAUUUCAUCAGUUAGUGGCGAGAGACUGCAUUAUAAUGGAGAAGAAUGUGAAGGAGCUCUUACUUGCUUUGGGAUGUCCUUGGAAAUGAAGAUGGAAUACAUCACAGUGAAAUUCUGUUCGAGUUUUCCCAGAAGUCAUUUGUUUAUUUUAAAGCAAGAAUUGAAGAGCUUUGAAAAUAUGGAAUGAAGUAUUACACUUUUUGUUUUUGCUUAGAGAAUUGUUCUAGUAUUUUUGUUGAAGGUUGGUGCCCAGCCUAGUGUAAGAAGAGUUGAUAAAUAACUAGAAUGUUUUGGCAGGGGCCAAAAAACAGAAUAUGUUCAGUGUUUAUUUCUACUUAUGGAUGACAACUCCAGAACAAUGUAUAAUAUUUGGUUUAUAUAUAUUACCUUGUUAGAAGUAAAUGUUUCAUUCUGAGAACACUGAAUGUUAUAGUGAAUGUUGAUUUCAUAGGUCACUACAAAAUAUAAAAUUUGAUAAAAAUUUUUUUUUUACUUAAAAUGUGUUACUUCUGUUCAGAAUUUGAAAAAAUUUGAUCAAAGUAUGAUCAAAUUUGGUGCCAGUAAAAUUCUUAGGUUGAAUGUUAAAAGAUGAAGAACAUAGAGAUUUUGGAUAAUAGAAAAAAAAGUGAAUUUUAUUUUUUACUGCUGUAAUUAAAACUUGGUAAAACAAAUAUUCUAAAGUAAUUGUUUAUAAGAAAAUGAAUGUUUCUAAAGAAAUUUCUAAAAUCUGUAAAAUGCCCCUUUCCACACUAAUCACUGUGAAUUCUAUAAGGAGUGAUUUUUAAAAGAAAUUAAACGUGUUUUCAUAAUUAGGAUAUACUUUUAAAAUUAUUUUUUAAUAAUAGUUUACAUUCAAUAUUAUUUUGUAUUAGUUUCAGGUGUAAGGGAUAUACUUUUUUAAAAAAAGGAAUAGAUUGCUCAUUAAGAAUGAAAAUCUUAUGUAUAAAUAUUGGAUUUUAAGGGAUUUUCAUUCUGGGUGAUAUAUAUAUAUAUAUGUAUAUUUAUAUAUAUAUAUAUAUAUAAAAUUAAUUUCCAUUAAAGUAAUAUGUAGAUUCUGAGAAAGCUUUCAUGCAUUUCAUUUUUUAAAAAAAAGACCAGUCUAUGAACAGUUUCCAAAUAUAUAUAAAAACAUCAUGAUUGAAUUUCAUCAAGAAUAAUAUUAUUUAUUUUACCUAUUUAUAAUUAAAAUAUUUUUUGUUUAGUUUAACAAUUUGUGUUAGUUGAAGUUACAGUUUUAGGUUAUGAAACAAGGGUUUUAUUGUUUUUUUGUUUUUUUACAAGGGUUUGAUAACUACUUGAACUCCUACAAUAAGAAUGUUUUAAUAUAGGCCAGCGAUUUUCAAGCUUUUCCAUCUCAUUGCACACAUAAACUAAUUACUAAUGUUCUGUGGCACACCAAAAAAUAUAUAUUUUGCUGAUCUGACAAAAAAUAGGUAUAAUUUUUAUUCAUUCACAUCUGACAGCUAUUGUUGUGUUGGCUGUUGUCAUUUUUUUAUUUGACCAUUUAAGGGAAAAGAGGUCAGUGUCCCUGACUAAAUAGCCAGGUAUUGCAUGUUUUAAAAAUUGUUGCAGCUUACUGGUUGAAAAUCGCUGAUAUAUAGACUAUAGUCACUUUGAUUAAAAAAAUACCUCAGUAUCUACUUUUCUUCAGUAUUACAUACAUCUGUUAGUUUGUUUAGUUGCAGAGAUAUUUUGUGUGUAUCUGCCUAGUGGCAGGUCUAUUUUGCCAUGUGGAUAUUUAUGGUCUGUAACUAUAUUUAUACAUGUAUAUAUACACAUAAAAGUGGAUACUGUAGCUAUAAACCAUUAAAAAUUAAUAUCAUUCU